AUGCCUCGCCAGCUUGCAAAGAAGCGCAAGGUGCAACCCGAGCCCGAGGCUGAAGACUCGUCCGGGGUUGAGGCCCCGUCAGAGGUCGAGGACGGACCCGAAGCUAAUUGGUCCCCCUGGGAUCCAACAGAGCGCAAAGUGCUUGAUAUUCGUAAGUUGGACCUCGACAAAUCAUAUCACAAUGAGGCUCGACCCAGGUCAAACAUGACCAAGGUUAGAGUCGGCCAUAUCACCUCGAAGCCGCCGCUGGAACGGCAACGAUGGCAGCAUAAAGACAAAAGGCCCAUCGAAAAGGUCGAAGAUCUACCGGAGGGCUGGCAUGCGACCGAGCCAGAUCUCGAUGAGGCUACAAAUACUCAUGGGUUUCCAUUUUUUAGGGACCUCGAUGGUCAGAUUGCAAGGUGUCAUGAAAGAAUUGAGGACAAGAUCAUGCCGAAGUUUUUCAAGGAAAAGCUAAAAGGCCUUCAAGCUUCCAAGGCAUAUUACGACCGAAUGUCCGAGAACGAGCCCGAGGAUCUAAGCCCAGAGGUUUAUGAAAGGAUCGACUCCCUCAGAACAAUCCAAAGGCAACUCAAGAAAUCGGACAAAACCCACCAAUCUCCUAACUUGCAGGCUAUUCUGCAAGCAUAUCUGGAUGGAAAGCUGCUGUGGACCCCCGGUCUGAUUACCUACUGGUCGAAUGGAGUCAAGUUAUGCGAGCCCCGGCCAUUCAACUGGGAUGAAUUCGAGGCGAUCAACGCCGCACACGGCCGCGACGGAUCAUUUUGGACUGAAGGGCUUUCUGGACCAGGUCCUGAAUUCCAAGGCGCAACGCUAGUUAUCGGCUCAACCCCCAGAGCACUGGCAAUCAACAUAUACAGAAUCGCUGUUCGCGCUCCGAGUAGUGACUGGUGGGAUGAACUAGAAUUCGUACACGACACGGGAGCGUCGAUCAUGCAUAUAUACCAACACGACAUACGACGAAUAAUCGGUCCGCAUAGACGUCAAGCAGCUUCAUUCCUUCCAGUAGUCAGCACCAACCAAUUCCGAACUGCAAGCGGAACCAUGACCCGAGACAUCGUCGAGCUAGAAGUCACGCUCCUUAACCAUUCGAGGAAGCGCAUCCCUCCCUGGACCCGAGUCCAAUGUGUCGUCAAUCCGGAUACUUACGUAGAAGGAAUAACCCGCCGACUGGACGGGCCAUUUCUACGAGCCAUGAUGUACACAUCGACCAGGCCUGAUGGCAAUUUCCAUCUGACGGCGUCAACUAUCAAGAAGUCGAAUCUUCUUAGCGAUUUAUCCCACACUAUCCCAUUGGAGGAGAGAAGUGUGCCAAUGGCGAACUUUCUUCCCCCGGCUCAAGCAAAGGGGAUAUUUGCCACACAGCCCCCGUCUGAGCCGGAGAAUGUCUAUGGUUCGAGGGCUUUUCCCGAUGCCCAUAUCAGCUGGUUUUGGAGUUGA